GAGAGGAGCGCUUGAUCAUUCCCGCACACUGUAAACACCGAGAGAGCAUGAACAGGGGUUAAAACGGGGCAGUAGCGCAGGUUAGGGGCAGUGGUCUCAAGGAACAUAAGUGCUGUUUGUAGAUGAAACAGUGGUCUUAAAUAGGAUGGAUCUUCAUGGGUCUGCAGUGUUGUAAGCAGGGCCACGGCUGUAGUUUUCAGUGUCUGUGGGGAGCAUGUCUUUUUUUCCUGUGGAAAAGUAGGCAGUAUUACAUGACCCUCAGCUGUCAUUCCAAAAGCCUUUUACACUCCACAUCUUAUCGACGUUUGAAAGCAGAGAGUAAAAAGUUGGAAUUUCCUGCCUUAAAGGAUAAACUCAAUCCUCUUCUCUAACACCGUAGCUCACACCUUGCAGUAUACUGUAUAUAUGGCAUCUCCACAGCUUCUUCGUGAAGGGGAUUCGGUGAACACUCACUUGGAUUUACAAGUGGAAGAGGAACAUACCGAGCUGUCCAAUGGCUGUCCAAGGACUAACCUCAUGUCAGCGUCAUGUGACGGCAGCAGCAGUGGUCACCACAAACAGAGCGCUUUGCCCAACAGCCUGAGGAAGGGCAUCCGAAAGCGACAGGACUACAUUAAGAUAUCUGUGCCGGAAUCUAAGAACCGCCUGCCCCUGGAAUGGUGGAAAACGGGCAUUGCAUUUGUGUAUGCGUGCUUCAACUUGGUCUUGACCACGGUCAUGAUAACAGUGGUGCACGAGAGAGUUCCUGACAAGGACAACAGUCCUCCCUUGCCCGAUAAGUUUUUUGACUACGUGGAUCGCGUCCAGUGGGCCUUCUCUGUAACGGAGAUCAAUGGCAUGGUUCUCGUGGGACUGUGGUUCGUCCAGUGGCUUUUCCUCCGAUAUAAGGCUAUUGCCGGAAGAAGGUUUUUCUUUUUGGUGGGAACUCUGUACCUGUACCGAUGCAUUACUAUGUAUAUAACAACAUUACCUGUACCAGGCAUGCACAUGAACUGUGCCCCAAAGCUCUAUGCGGACUCCCAGGCCAAAAUUCAGAGGAUCCUGCGGCUGAUAUCAGGCGGGGGGUUGUCCAUUACUGGCUCCCACAUGAUGUGUGGAGACUUCCUGUAUAGCGGUCACACCGUCAUGCUCACACUGACCUACCUGUUCAUCAAGGAAUAUUCUCCUCGCCGGUUCUGGUGGUACCACCUGGUGUGCUGGCUGCUGAGUGCUGUGGGGGUAGUGUGCAUCCUGGUCGCCCACGAGCACUACACUGUGGACGUUGUGGUGGCCUAUUUCAUCACCUCGCGUCUGUUCUGGUGGUACCACACAAUGGCCAAUGUACAGGCACUGAAGACGUGCUCUAACAACUACCUCUCGCGCGUCUGGUGGAAUCCCGUGUUUCGGUUCUUCGAGAAGAACGUGCAGACCCAGGUCCCCUGCACCUUUGCCUGGCCCAUCUCCUGGCCUCCCAGCUGUUUCAAGAACUCCUGCAAGAACUACUCCAUGGUGCAGAGCAGCAGAGGGGAAUGAGAUACCGAUGCACACCUCCAUUGAGGCAUUCACCUGCAGUGUCACGUCAAACUUGAUUUUUUUUUUUCUUGUUGAUUUUCUGGAUGGAACAUCUUUAGACCAAAAUGCUAAGCAGUUCACACCAAAGACUAUGCAAAAGAAGUGCUUCUUCAACAUAUCCUGUUACAAGGUUAAAUAUAUGAACAUGCCAGCUGAAAAUCUCUCUUAAUGGGGGGGGGGAGACACGUGUUCUAGCCACAGAAGCAUUGGAACCAUAAUGUUGUUCCGAUUAUGUCCAAGGUGAGUGUGAGUGUGUGUGAAUGCGCGAUGUAGUGUAAUUCAGUGUUCAAAGUGAUUUUGAGUUGUUUUUGUUGUUGCUGUUGUUCAAAUUCAACAAAAGCAAUGAAAAACGAACAUGUUGUUGUGUUUCCUAUGGGGGCAGUUCUGAAGAAGGGUAAUCUUUCAGUGUGAUUCUUGGACACUUAUUAGAGCAUCAUCUUUGGAUGAGCAGAAACAGUUUCAUUACAGCUGGGAAGCUUGUGAAGUGGUGGAGUCAGUCAGCCACUGUGUUUUCCAAUUUCUGUGGGACUGUCUUAUAAACAACAUCAUAUCCAACCUUUCUAACAUGUGGCAAUGGAGGCCUCUACUUUUAGAACACAGUAGGGUGCAGAUAUAUCACUCAAAAUCAGAGAGUAAACAGAAGAGGGAAGCAUUGACACAAACUGUAUGCUGUGACAAUCACUUUUCAUCUAGAGCACGUUGGAACUGAAUGUUUCUGUCUUGCUGAUGCUCAGUGUUGGACAACAACAAAAUAUAUGAAUUAAUUUGUGGCCUUUAUUGUUUUUUUUUUAAAUAAAAUGCACAAGAACCUUUGUUUCCAUAUUCCAAAUGAGAAGGCAGGAUUGGUCCCUAGUAAAUCUGAAGCUUAAUGCUUGAAAUUUCAAGCAAAGGAAUGUAGCAGUCUGUUAUGCUUUCAUCAGUUUGCUUGAAUUACUCUUACCUCCUUAACUAUGUGAUGACAUCCGUUCAAAUGAUUUCAACAUUUUAAACAGAAAAAUGGGAAAUAAUUCAUUGAUGGCUCGGUUUCUGUAAAACAAUACGUUUUAUAGUGUGUAUUUCAGUAUUUAGUAUAAAUAUUCUUAUAGUGUAAGAUACAUUUUUUCUUCAGGAUUUUUAUUGGUCACUAUAUAUAUACUGUAUAUGAGAGAGACCGGUGUUUUUUUUUUUCAUUUAUCUAAGACAAAGUACAUGCUUGGGGUCUUUUCUUUUUCAGAAAUAAAGUAUUAUUUUUAAAUUAAAUUUUCAGGUAAAUCAACUUUAAUUUUGUGUGUAUAUACUGUUUAUGAAACCAUUCACAUAGACAAAUGUUAAAAGAUUUACCUUUUCUGCUUUUAUAUAAUAAUAUUUUAUAUGCAAAUUCUAUGAUGCGCCUGGCCAAAAUGUAAUUGUGUUUUAUGGUGGUUUCUUUACAAAUCAUUUUGCAGUUGUUAAUUUAAAAAAUGUUCAUUAAUACUUGAGAAAAAACAGUAAUUUGGUCUUCACAAUACCAUAAUUCACAAAAGUACCUUGACAGCAGACUGAAGUAUGUUACGUUUCCUUAUAUUAUAUUAUCAUAUAAUAUUAUAUGUAUAUUAUAUGUAUCUAUAUAUACAAAUAUGCACAAAACACAUUUGAUUAGAUCAUAGUGUCUGUCUAUAGGAUUUUAGGAAAUAAUUACACAAAAGGGGUUCCAGCUCAUAAAGUCCAUAAAAUUGCCUUUGAGUUCAUCUAUGGAAUACAUCUGAUUCACAUCAUGGACAACUGCUGUGCAGGGCUAAUAAUCUUGAAGAGCCUGUUAAAUUCGUCUCUACCUUUGACAUCACUGUGUCCUUGAGGGAGACCUCAAGAUAUAGUGUAGCUACAGUAAGUUAAUACAUGGGAAAUAUAUGGUAGUAUAUAUACAAUGAUGAAGGUAAACACUACAAUGACAUAGACUUCAACAGCAGUCACCUAUCACCAAUAAUGAUCCACAAUAAUGAAGACACUGUUCUGAAAUGAAUAUUCCAAAAUGGGAGGAAAAAUAUAUUAAAGUCAAGUCUUUGGGGGGAAAAAAAACUACAGUAAAUGGAGUGUCACAUUUCCUUUUCAACUGAACUACAGUAAGAAUUACUUUUUUCUGUUGUGACUGAUUAUAUGCUUUAUUACAGAAUAACAUGUAUUGAGCAUCUCUAGGUGUAAGAUGUGAUGAAAUUAUUGUACUUUAAUGAUGACUGGAACCCCUUUCCUGGCCAGUGUCUGUGGGCUGCAUUUUAUUCUAGUGCAGUAACCAAGGAAAAAGAUCAGAUAUCUUGUUUAGGCAUUGAGUAUCAUUUUGUAUAAACUAAGGGAGAUGUCAAUGGCUUUUAUAAUACUCAAGCACAGUACCUAGUUCCAUGUGUUAUUUUUUCUGCUUUUCUUGAAGUGAAGAGUAAAAUUAUGUUUCGGGAUCCCUGGUGCCUCAUUAUGACCUUACCCUCCUGUAAAACAUCACUAUUUAUUUAAAUAUGAAACUUGGUUAUCUGCAAUAAAAUAGCAUGACUUCAUUAGUUUCAAGAACACAGCUAAUAUUGUCUUAAUUGAUAUAUAUAUAUAUUGAAGGUUAAAGGGAAUAGAUUUGGUUAAUACAUAACUUAAUUAAGUUAAGUAACAGAUAUUAUACUGUACAUUAUACAGUAUGCCAGGACUGUCUUGCCUAAAUGUUUGACUUCAUGUUACUGUAUAUAUCAAAGUUUGUCUGAAGCCCUGCUUAUUAUCAAACUAGACAAAAGCAAAAACUUGUUGAUACCUUGAAGUGACAUUGACACAGUUUCUUGUCAAAAUACUUGAAUAAUGGUGAAAUGAAGAUUGUCUGUUUGGUGAAGCUGUAAACAGAUUGUUGAAUUAAGGCCAUGUAUGAUAAAUUGUCACCGUAAAGUAAAAUAAUGAUUUUAAGGGUUCUGCGUAUCUGAUGAUAUUGCAUUUACAGUGCCCUUAAACUUUCAUAAAUGCUAAAGGCUUUACUGAAAAAGCAUGGAUAAUGGCAUGGUUUUUACUCUUCGAAUCAACAUGGAAGAAACUGUAAUAGAAAUUCAUAUUGAGAAGUUGUGGAUUAUACUGUAAAGUUUUGAAAAUUGGAAAGAGUUCCAGAACUAACAGACUUUGCCAUCAUGGCUUCUUCUUGCUGUUACUAUAAUUAAUUAUAAGUAGUUUGCAAUUAAGAUAUUGAUUAUAUGUUGGGUGUUGAGUUUAGAAAUUGCAGGCCACCCUUUCUAUCCAGCAAAUGAAAGACAUACUGUACAGUACACACUGGCCAUUGAUCAGGAGGGCUGUUACAGUUAUAAGAAUGUAUUUCCUCCUUCAUUCUUAUAAAAUGUGUAGUUGAUCAUAAGUCAAUUAGAAUUUUAAUACUGUUUUACAAUAUCAAUAAGAAUCUUUUUUAAGAAGUAUGGAUGAGUUGUGUAAGUAGAAUUUAGUCUUGUGCUUAUUUCUAAAAUAUUAGAAAACAUACAUCACUUGUAAGAAUGAAUUCAGUAAUGUAUUUAACAGUUCUCACUGAAGCAUAAUAACAAUUACAGUCUUUCCAACAUGUAGCCAAGAUCAGUAUCUGUUACUUUUAAAACUCCAUCCUAAGGUAUUGUCUACAUUUUCCAAACAAUCAUUUUCGCUUUUCUUUUUUUUUAGAACCAAGAGUGUAGUCAAAAAGCCAUAGCUUGACAAAAUAGUUUGAGAAAUGUUGGCACCAGCACCGUAGUUCUGCAAGGAAACAUUAAAUAUACUUGAUUUAUGACAUCUGUGUUCUUAUAAAUUGAUAACCCUUUAGAAAGGUUUUGCACAGUGGUGUUGUGGUUAGCAUUGCUGCCUCACGGUGCUGGAGCCUUGGGUUCAGUUCUGGUCCAGGGGUGCUACUGUGUCUGUGAGGAUUUUGUAUGGUCUCCUUGUGUUCACGUUGUUUUUUACCAGGUGCUCCAGUUUCCACAGUCCAAAGACAUACUGUACUUGUAGGCUAACUGGCUUCUGGGAAAAUUGUCCCUGGUGUAAGUGCGUGCAUGUCCAUAUCUGUGUUUGACUUGUAAUGGACUGGUGUCCAGUCCGGUGUGUGUCCUGCCUUGUGCCUGGUGCUCGUCAGGAAACCUUCUUGCUCUCCUGCUAAAGUGUAUUGAAUUUAAGCUGUUAGAAAAUGGAUGGAUUGAUUUGCUGCAGAAAUUAACCCAGAUAUCCCGUAGUCUCCCUUCAGUAUAAUAAAUGCCCCAAUAAUAUUAGAUUCUCUUUCAACUUUUAAAUACUGUAGUUUAAAUGAAAUUAAAAGACGUAGUGUGGUUUUAAGCAUGAUACAUUCCUCCUGUGUUUUGCAUCAUUAUCAUUGAAAUCACUUGUUUUUAUAUCAUGGAGAAACAUAACUAAAUCGGUCAAAAUAUUUAUACAGCGUUCAGUAUACAUAUUUUAACCUUACUAUAGUGUUUUCACAUACCCGUUAAUUGUGGAAAUAAAUGUGCUUAAUAUUUUAUGUGCACAAGAGAGUAGUGCAAUUACAGACUUAGUCCUAAACAAUGUCCAAUUUGUUGUUGUCAGCAGCAGUUGCAGGAGACUCUAGUCAUCAGUUUGGCUUUUAAGUGUCCAGUAUAUUGAAACUGACUGAAAAGUCUAUUUGUGUUGGAAAAAAGGUUCCUUUUAUAUACAGUAAUUUACAUAUGUGUAUACAGUAGAACCAUAAAUGUACCUGACACUGCAUAACGGAUCCCCUUUGUGCUGACAUACAGUACAAGUGGGAUGCCAUUUUAAAAUCUGGCAUUUUUUGGAGAGCAUAUGCAUCUUUUGCUGGCUUAGUAUGUGCUGUUAAGCACAUUUAAACAAAAGUUUGUAAUGUGUAUUUUUAGGCGUACAUUAUACCACAGGGGCUUAAGUCUCACAUUUAAUGUGCCUUAAGAGUUUUACCCGUAAACAUAUACACUCAGUAGUGAUGACAUGACAUUCUUUGUGUGUGAUGUUGUAUUUCUGGCUGUACGUGUAAUAGUGUCAAAGCUUUUACCAUUUAUAAUUUUCACUCUGUAAAAGGUGUAAGACUGUUAAGAAUAAAAUACACCCUUACCUAUA